AUGAACCCUACGCUCUGGAGGCUGUGGUCCAAGGCCAUUUUUGCUGGCUAUAAGCCAGGUCUCCGGAACCAGAGGGAACACACAGCUCUUCUUAAAAUUAAACGUAUUUAUGCUAGAGAUGAAUCUGAACUCUACCUAGGCAAGAGAUGUGCUUAUGUGUACAAAACAAAGAACACCACAGUGACUGCUGGUGGCAAGCCACACAAAACCAGAGGAAUCAAAGGAAAGGCAACUCGUGCUCAUGGAAACAGUGGCAUGGUUCAUGCCAAAUUCCGAAGCAACUUUCCCUGCUAUGCCAUUGGCCACAGAAUCCGUGUGAGGCUGUACCCCUCAAGUAUUUAA